UUCACAUCAGAUUUCUUUCAUCUCUUCCACUUCCCAAAAAGCACUUCUCGUCUUCUUCCUCUUUCAAAAACACCAUACCAAUUAAUACCAUUCCCAAUCCUUCUUCUUCUAUCUAUAAUGGUCGACGUUGACCGGAGAAUGUCCACCCUCAACCCUGCCCACAUCGCUGGCCUCCGUCGUCUCUCCGCCCGCGCUGCCGCCACUUCCUCUGCCCCCCUCCGUAACAGCCUCCUCUCCUUCUCCUCCCUCGCCGAUAAAGUCCUCACCCAUCUUAGGAACUCCGGUGUCCAAGUCCAGCCCGGUCUCUCCGACGCUGAAUUUGCCCGAGCUGAGGCCGAGUUCUGCUUCUCUUUUCCUCCUGAUCUCCGGGCUGUCCUCUCCGCUGGCCUUCCUGUCGGUCCGGGCUUCCCGGACUGGCGUUCCGCCGGCGCUCGGCUCCAUCUCCGAUCAUCCCUCGACCUUCCUAUUGCUGCAAUUUCCUUCCAAAUCGCGAAAAAUACACUAUGGUCCUGCUCUUGGGGCCACAAACCGGCUGAACCAGAAAAGGCAUUGAGGAUUGCGAGAAAUUUACUUAAACGAGCCCCUGUUUUGAUCCCCAUUUUCAACCAUUGUUACAUUCCUUGCAACCCACCUUUGGCCGGAAACCCCAUUUUCUUUGUUGAUGAGAAUCGUGUUCUUUGCUGUGGGUUCGAUUUGUCUGAUUUCUUCGAACGGGAGUCUUUAUUUCGGUGCUCUGUUUCGGAUUCCGAUUCUCUGUUCUCGAAACAAAGUUCUCUCGCACAGAAGUCCAUUGUACCAUCAGCGAAUUUCUCACGGAGGAGCAUGGAUUCGGGGGUUGUGAGAACACCGAGGUGGGUUGAGUUUUGGAGCGAUGCCGCCAUAGAUCGGCGGCGGAGGAACUCGUCAUCCUCGUCAAAUUCUUCACCAGAUCGAUUCUUCGAGAUGCCGAGAUCUGAAGUACCGAAGUGGGUUGGGAAGUAUCUCGUCGAAUUGGGAUCGGUUUUGAGAACCGGUGGGUGGAGUGAAUCAGAGGUGGCGGAAAUGGUGGAGGUCUCGGCAGCAGGAAUCUUCGACGGAGAGAUGGUUAUGUUGGACAAUCAGGCGGUUUUGGAUGCUCUUCUUUUGAAAGUGGACCGGUUUUCCGGUUCACUACGACGGUCCGGUUGGAGCUCCGAGGAGGUUUCGGAGGCGUUUGGUUUCGAUUUUCGGCCGGAGAAGGGUAAGAAACUGGCAAAGAAGCUUUCGGCAGAACUGGUGGAGCGUAUUGGGAAACUGGCUGAGUCGGUUUCCCGGUCAUGAUACCUGACUAUUUUUUUUCUUUUCUUUUCUUAUUUUACUAUCGAUAUAUUAUCGAACUUUAAGGCAUUGAAUUUUCUUUCCUCGUUUUAGGUAAAAGAGAAAGAAAAGAGGAAAAAAAGAAAAGAAAAGAAUUAUAUGGAAAUACGAGUUUGUACUAUUUGGACAAAGUUUAUAUAGAAGGAUAAUACAAAUCACUUUUUGGUUUUUUACACA